CUUCCCCCACUACUAUUUCUUCAGGGUUGUUACAAGAAACUAUUUCACUAAAAAACCCUCUCAGCUUUCUUCAGCAACAAGGCGCACGGCUGAAUCACUAUUACCACUCGAGGCUGUAGAGGGAUCGCCGCUUUCGCUACCUCCCCUCGACCUCGCCAUGGCUCCGGAGGCCGAAGACGAGUUGAACGAGAAGAACCCGCGCCCCCUCGACGAAGACGACAUCGCCCUCCUCAAAACCUACGGUCUGGGACCUUAUUCUGAGAGCAUAAAGAAGGCAGAGAAGGAGAUUAAGGAGAUGGUGAAGAAGAUCAAUGAUCUAUGUGGAAUCAAAGAGUCAGACACUGGUUUAGCUGCACCUAGUCAGUGGGAUUUAGUUUCUGACAAGCAAAUGAUGCAAGAGGAACAGCCUCUGCAGGUUGCUAGGUGUACGAAGAUUAUUAGCCCGAACACAGAAGAUGCUAAAUAUGUGAUAAAUGUUAAGCAAAUUGCCAAGUUUGUGGUGGGGUUGGGUGACAAAGUCUCUCCAACUGAUAUUGAAGAAGGCAUGCGAGUUGGAGUUGAUCGAAAUAAGUAUCAAAUCCAGAUUCCUUUGCCACCAAAAAUUGAUCCAAGUGUUACAAUGAUGACGGUGGAGGAGAAGCCUGAUGUUACAUAUAACGAUGUUGGCGGCUGUAAGGAGCAGAUUGAAAAGAUGCGAGAGGUUGUGGAGCUUCCAAUGCUUCAUCCAGAGAAAUUUGUGAAGCUUGGAAUUGAUCCUCCGAAAGGUGUCCUUUGUUAUGGUCCUCCUGGAACAGGAAAAACUCUCCUUGCUAGAGCUGUGGCCAACAGAACUGAUGCCUGCUUUAUUCGUGUCAUUGGAAGCGAGCUGGUUCAAAAGUAUGUUGGAGAGGGAGCUCGGAUGGUCCGCGAACUUUUCCAGAUGGCCCGUUCAAAGAAGGCAUGCAUUGUCUUUUUUGAUGAAGUUGAUGCUAUUGGCGGUGCCCGUUUUGAUGAUGGCGUUGGUGGGGACAAUGAAGUUCAACGUACUAUGCUUGAAAUCGUCAAUCAGCUUGAUGGUUUUGAUGCUAGAGGAAACAUCAAAGUUCUAAUGGCAACCAAUAGGCCUGAUACUUUGGACCCGGCUUUACUCCGUCCGGGAAGAUUGGAUCGUAAGGUUGAGUUUGGUCUGCCAGACUUGGAAGGUCGCACACAGAUAUUCAAGAUCCACACAAAAACAAUGAAUUGCGAAAGGGACAUCAGAUUUGAACUUCUUGCUCGUCUCUGCCCCAACUCCACUGGGGCGGACAUAAGGAGUGUGUGCACCGAAGCUGGGAUGUAUGCGAUCCGGGCACGCAGGAAGACGGUAACAGAAAAGGACUUUCUUGAUGCAGUGAAUAAGGUUAUUAAGGGUUAUCAGAAGUUCAGCGCAACGCCCAAAUACAUGGUCUACAACUAGCAGCACUGCUCCUGUUACUCUUUAUCUCGGAACGAAAUAUCACCGUAGUGUUGGCAUAUGAUUUUCUACCUGGUAAUAUACAUCUUUGUACAAGCAGGAUCCCUAAUUCCCAGUGACCAAUGCCUUCUCUUUUCUCAUCCAUAGAUUUAGACUAUGGUGUGCUUGAGCAAAAGGUAGUGGCUCUUUUCAGAAAUUAGAUGAUGCUUUAUCUUGAUGAAAGAUCCCAGUAUUAGCCAUGGUUUAUGUUUUCUUGUGUGUUUGUUUGUGUUUAUGUCAGAAAGAUGAUAGCACGCCAAUUGAUCUGUUAGUUAUUUUUAUUUCUACGUUACUUCUGUAGAAUUCAGGCGGUGGUCAGCUGGUUGCAAGUUAAACGAAUGGUUAUCGAGAAACAUUUCUCGUUACUAGCUUUUAUUCUAUCCUGAGGAACUGAAUUAUAUUUGUCUCACUAUUUGUGUUUCUAAGCUCAAAUUUACAUGCA